UCAAAAUGGUUUGCUGCCGUUCCGUGGAAGUGGAAGAUCGAAGAAUAAAAAAACCUUAUUUGGGAGGAUGGAAGCAUAAAAUUACCCAAGUAGAGUAUUUAAAUGCCGAAUCGCAAACAGGCCCCCUAAGGAAGCCAGAAAAAGAAAAAUGCAGUAAAAAAGUGCAAUAUAUUUCUUGGACAGAUGUAUUUACGCAAACACCAUGCGUUCAUCCAACACAGAUGUGGCGAUCUGAUUACUUUAUAUCGGCCGAAUCCGAUAAAUAUAUAACAUCAAAACCAUACGAAACAUACGAAGAAAUGAUGAAACGACUGGAUUACGAUGGAAAGGCGCGAAUUAUCCAAAGAAACUAUAGAAUAUACAAAUUAUUGAAGUACAUCAAAGAAUAUGCGAGACAGUAUCGAGAGUUAGUCAAAGGUUGUAAGUUAUACGAGGCAGAAAAGGUAAUGUUAUACAGGAAGAGGCAUCAGCAGGAAAUUCUUCGAACAAUUAAUCCCAAAACUCGAUCGGAUUUUGAUCUGUUGUAUGAUUUGGUUGAAAAAUGGAGACGCGAUCGCCUUGAAUGUGCGAAGCUACGUUUCUUUAAACCUGCGAGAUGUGCAGAAAAUUACGAAAUUUUGCAAAAGACCAUAGAAAUGCUGAAUGUAAUCGACGAGAAAAGACAGGCGGUGAAGCAGCGCUACAGGAAGCGGAAACGCGUGAAAUUUGUUGCGGUUAAUUGCAAGCCUAUUCUGUGGAACGGUUACAAGAAUAAAUUGCUGGAAAUGGACACAAUGAGAAACCAGAAGGCAAGAGAAUUGAAAAUGAUUUACGACUCGUUGAUGAACUACGACGUUACUCGCGAGGAACGCAUGGAGGUGCUCACGAUACUGAAGAAAUCGUUGGAGAUACACAAUUGUGUGUCUGUUUUCCAUUUGAUACGACUCUUGGAAGAAGAGCUGACCUACUUGGCAAGGGGGAUGAAAAGCAUGUCGUUAGGCUACUUUCGAGAAAGAAUAGUUUACAGCUACAUGAACUUUUUACGGACGUCGCACUCGUGCUGUUGCGUGAACAACGACAGAUACUUUUGUAAGAACGUAGAUGAUGAAAAAUUACGAGAACCAAUUGAACCUAUAACGAAAUUGUGUCACAGUUGUUUGAAAUUGCUUCCUAUUCACCAAUUCACUAUUCACGGAAGGAUGAAAAGGCUGUCUACUUGCGUUGGUUGUACUUGGUUGCGUGAACGAAAUAUUAGACACGUGAACUACGACCCUUACAAAUUUCUGCUGGACUGUGUGCGCUGUGAGGAAGCGAAAAGAGAAUCACCUUCGGCCAUCGCGUUUAUGAUGCAAAAACACGACAUGUACCAUUUGGUGAACAAUAUUUGGCACGGCCACUCAGUAGUCAGUGAAAAUAGAGAUAUGUUCCUAUUACGGAUCGUCCGAUACGACGUAAACGAGGAGUGGUCACCGUGGAAUUGUAUCCUCUUAACCGAGGAAGAGGCUGACGUUCAUUGCAGGAUCAAGGAUUUCGCGAGCGUAUACUCGAAGCCACUUAUCGAAAAAAUCUUGUUGUCUCAUCAGUUAGCGAAAAACCAAUUCAAGCAUUUGAGACAGUUUGAGAAGGAGUUUCAAGAUAAAUUUCACAAAAUCGAGGAUAAAGCGGUGUACAAUCCAGCGAUCAAAGUGGACGAUUAUCUUUUUACGUGAUAUACUUUGCUGUAUCUAAUUGUCUGUUUACUCUUUCAAUAUAAUCAAACUAUAAGGUCAUUUUCUACUUAAAUAUAUUUAUAUACAGUGUGGUUGGUAAC